AACGCUCGAUUAAGUGAGCUAAAUAGUCGGUGCGCAGUGGCUACCAAAAUUCUAUAAAGCCCAGUGCCCAGCACGUUCAUCUUCCAAAUAUCACAAUAAAGUUGCGUAAAGCUGUUGGUCGUGUGCUAAUUCUAACUCUACAAGAUGUCCCGAAUAUGCGGUCUGCUUUUAAUAAUUUGCACAUGCAGCACGUUGGCGGAGGAUAUUUUAAUGGCCACCUUGGGCGGCACCAAAUCGCACAAAAUACCCUUUUGGGAACUAGCCAGAGGAUUAAUAGCCAGAGGUCACAACAUUACUUUCCUAAAUGCGUUUCCGCCAGACUUUCAUCUGGAGGGCUUGCAUGAGGUCACACCAGCAGGUCUGGUUGAAUACGUACAGAACUAUACGAAUUGGGAUCUUCUUGGAUCCCGCAUGGCAGGUGAAAUGCCCAUUAAGCCCUGGGACGGCUUGCGAUAUGCAUUUGAGUCGUGUGACGCCAUGCUUGCAGAUGCUGAGACCAAGGAGCUGUUGAACCGCAACUUUGAUCUGGCCAUACUGGAUGGUGCAUUUCCCGAGUGUGUGCUUGGCAUGUUUUAUCAGAAAAGGACACCUUUCAUGUAUAUCAAUACCGUCGGCUUUUACAUGGGCAGCUUGUCGCUGGCCGGGAAUCCCGCCAGCUAUGCCAUCACACCAAACUUUUAUUCCAAAUACACUGAUACAAUGACCCUCUAUGAACGAUCCGUCAACACGUUCAUGCAGCUUGGCCAGAAUGUUUUACAUAGUUACGUCAUGCGGCGCACUCAUCAAGUGUUGCGCGAUCAUUUGGGCCCACAGAUUCCCCACCCAUACGAUAUGUCCCGCAAUGUGAGUUUCAUAUUGCAAAAUGGACAUGCUGUUGUGUCCUAUCCGCGCGCCUUUAAUCCAAACGUUGCUGAAGUGGCUUGCAUUCAUUGUAAGCCUGCACGCGCGCUGCCAAAGGAUCUCGAGGACUUUGUGGCGUCUUCAGGAGAAUCGGGCUUUAUUUACGUAUCGAUGGGAUCGUCUGUGAAGGCCUCAAAUAUGCCAGAGACGUUGAGGCGCAUGUUGGUCAAAACAUUUGCACGUCUGCCUUUUCACGUGCUGUGGAAGUACGAGGGCAGCGCAGCAGACAUGCAGGAUCUGACUUCAAACGUCAAGUUGUCGCGUUGGUUACCACAACAGGAUAUAUUAGGUCAUCGUAAACUGCGCGCUUUCGUAACGCACGGAGGUCUGCUGAGCAUGUUCGAGACGGUCUACCAUGGUGUGCCGGUGGUAACCAUGCCAGUGUUUUGCGAUCAUGAUGUCAAUUCGGCCAAAGCUGAGGUUGAUGGCUACGCACUAAAGCUGGACUUGGAAACGCUAACUACUAAUCAGCUGUACAAGGCCAUUAUGAAGGUUGUCCAUGACCCUCAAUACAGAAAUGCGGCCAGGUACCGCCAGAAUUUGCUGAAAGAUCAGCGCUCGACAGCUCUGGAUACGGCAAUUUAUUGGACAGAGUAUGUGCUACGUCACAAGGGUGCUUAUCAUUUACAGUCGCCGGCACGCAACAUGAGUUGGUGGCAGUAUUAUCUGCUGGACGUUGUGGCCGUCUAUCUGCUGGCACUAUGCGCUAUCAUCUUCCUGCUAAAACGUCUAGACUUUCGAUCGGAAAAACCCCGCAGCAUACAUGUGCCCGCCUCGCCUACGGCUACAAAGAAGAAAUCGAAGAAACUGUGAACAUUUUUGGCCCUCUUACUAUAGUCCCCUUAAAUUAGUUAUAGUACAGCUUCAAAUUGAACUUAUUCCGGGUUUUUUGUGAUUGUCCAGUCUGUUUGUUCAGAAAAAAUAUUUCGACUUUUUCUCUCAUGGAAAAAGUGCUUUGUAUAUAUUUUCUUUAUUUAUAAUUACUGCGCGUACAAUUAAUAUACGUAUCCUAGUAA